GAAUUUUUCACACUUUCGGCCGCGUAGAGAACUUUUGAAGUUGCAGUUUAAAUUGUUGUUAUUAAAAUGGCUACGAGUGUGUUGAACAACAUUUUGGCUGUUGAUAAGGAGCAGGAGCUGUUGCAGAGUUUCCUACGCACGGGAGCUAAUGCAGACGAGGAAUCCUUGGACGAAUCGAAUAAAAGGUCAAAGGGUCGCGGUCGUGCCUCACAUAAGGUACCCAUUUGGGAGAGACGCGACUCGUAUGGCGGCGGCGGCAAAUCCUCAACGGAGCGUGGCGGCCGAGGUGCGGGCAAGCAUCCGGAGGAUCUGGAGCCUAGCGGCUCCAAGCGUGGCAACCGCAUCGAGGCUGAGUUGCGUGCGGCACGCAAACGCAUCGAGGAGCAGAUGCUGAAGAAAAAGAAGCCCAAGGAGAAUUUCGUUGACUUCUAUACGGACAAGGAUCGAGCGGCGGCUGUCAGCGCCGGCGCCUUUGACAUCAAGCAGAGUUUGCAAAUAAAGCAGAAGCAGGAUCGCAAUGAGGCGCUCCUAAUCCCCGACGAGGCGGACAUUAGUUCAAUUAUUGCGCUCGGCUUGAAGGAGAUCAAAAAUGCGAAUCCGGAGAAUGCGAUACAUUUCUUUUGCAAGGCUCUGGAGCUGAACAGCACGGAUAUUAAUGCCUUGAUCUCUCGCAGCAAAUGUUAUCUGCUGCUGGGUGAGGCCUCUAAGGCGCUGCAGGAUGCGGAAACGGCGCUCAGCGAGGACAAGAAUAAUAUACGCGCCAUAUACCAGAAGGCAGAGUCUCUUUACUAUUUGGGUCAGUUCGAGCAGAGUUUGAUGUUCUUCCAUCGGGGAUUACGUGCUCGUCCGGAGCUUGCUUCAUUUCGGUUGGGCGUGCAGAAGACACAGGAGGCCAUUGAGAACACGAUUGGGACAAAAAUCCGUUCCACAAUACCAGUUGCUCCAAUUAAAAGCGGAAUACCGAAGAAAUCGGGUGAUAAUACGCCCAAGUCGCAAAACCUGAGCAGUGCUCGGGUACGACAGAAGCCCACAAAGGCGGAUCUGGAACGACGCAAUGCACGCAAACUGCUGGGUGAGCUGUGCGUGGACAAGGAGUAUCUAGAGAAGCUACUGCUCCAUCCGGAUCUCGUGCGCGCCGAUACCAACACAGAGAAUAUCUCUGCAUUGGCCAAGGAAGCUGUCUGCUUCCUUAACAAGCGUCAGGAAUUCUGGCGACAGCAACGUCCUUGCACUGCUUUGCCGAAUCACAAGAAUCUGCCCAACGAUGUGCUUCCCAAGUGGUUUUAAGCAAAGCAGCAACGGAUGUAGUUUUAAGUGUUAAGUUUAUGUUUGAAGUACAUUUUGCGUGGGUUUCAA